CUAAUCUUUGCAACUCCCAAAAUAGCAUCCUAUUGUUAAUCUACUUGUAUUUAAUUUAUAAAUUUGCUAAAAUCAUAAUCAUCACUAGCUAGCCCUCCUUACGUUUAUAAUCUUAGGCUUAAUAUUUGGAAUUUGACCUUCGUCAGUAUUCUUUAGGCUGUAAUGUCUUCGAUAUCUCUUUCAGUUCAGUACCAUUCCUUAUUAUCUUUUCAAUGAAACGUGUCUUGCUCGAGAUAAUACUGUUUUUAUUGUAAUGGUUAGGUCAUUCCGCUUGACUUUUUGCUAUUGUAUAGCAAUUUGCAGCAGCAAAGGGCCUCUGGCUAUAAUAUUUUGAAACCGAUGAGAGAUUGCAGUACAGUACAGUAUUUCCUUUGAUAUUUCCGUGGUGCCCUACUUUUUGAGGGACUAAUAAACCUUUGUAGCAAUUUUUCAAUUUGUGAUGUUGGGAGUCUUAAUAUAGAAUAGUUUACACUUUUGUUUAUUCAAUUUGAAACACUACUGUCAGUUUAAAGGUCUACUUUGUAAAACUAAACUGAAAAAGCGUGCAUAGGAGUGAGUUAUUACAUAUAGUUACGGUACUGUACUGUAAGCAAAAAUGUACACUAAAUUACUGAUAGUGAACAUUAUUUUUGGAGCAUCGUUUUUGAGUUUAUCAUAUGCUCAGAGUGUUACGAGUAUUUCUGAUAGAGAUCUUGAGACGUUCUCAGAGGAUCUUUUGAAGAAGGACAACAGUGGGCUUUCUUCUCAUGUGACUUAUGAUAAACAGGGGAAGACUAAUGCCGCAUCGGCUAUUGACAGAGCUGCGAAGCCGCUUCUGAAUGUUGACAAAAAAGCAUUGCAACACCCAACGGUAGCAGCGUUGUUGGCACUUUUCGACAAUUAUGAUCCUGAUGUCAAAAACGCGGAGGUUGUCACGAAUGCUGAAAAAACUGAAGAAUCCAAAUUUCUCGAUGCUAUCAUGGGAACACCUGCUAUGAACUUCACCUACAACUAUGCGAAGCAAAAAGGCCUAUUUAACGAAGAUAGGCAAGCUUUCAAGGAAUGGCUUGCAAAGACAUGGUUCACUCUCUACUCUAGAGGCUUUCGCACAAAAAGUUCAUCAGCUUUUGAGCAUGUUUUCCUGGGUGAACUCAAGCAAAACCAAGUCUCAGGUUUACACAAUUGGCUGUUCUUCAAUGAACAAGAGAAGAAAAACAAUUUGAACUACAUGGGAUGGAUGCGUUUCGAAGAUUUCGGAAAAGGAAGUCUAUUGAAACUGCAUUACACUUGGAAGAACGUGGAUAAGCCGGUUGGCACUCUAUUUGUUGGGACAAGUCCUGAGUUGGAAUUGUCGCUGUACAGCAUCUGCUAUCUGGCCAGAGCCGGCGAAAAAUGCAACUUCAAGCUCAACGGAAAACCGCUAUUCAUUCAAUCCUACACAUUCACAGGACCGAAAUCUCAGAAACUCAUUGGCAGUAUCUACCCAGGAGUGUGAUUGGUAGCAAAUAUCGGUCAUCCACAUCAUAUUUCUAAAUGAUUUCAAUUGUGUUUUGUAUCUAAACAUUUGCAUGUCAAGAAUGUCAAGUUUCUAGUUAGUACUGUACCACGCACAUUUUUCUAGAUUCCUAAAAAUGUUUUUAGAAAAUAUAAGAGCUUAUACACAUAACCACGAAUCCUGAACAAGUAAACAUACAACCUAGUGAAAUGAGCUGAUGUUACGGUAUUUUUCUUCCAUUAGUAAAAAUUUCAAAGUUUUUUGCAAUGAUAAAACACAUUUUUGGGAUAAUAGGUACGAAUUGAUAGAAGCUUUGUCAUAACAUAGUUUUGAUAAUAUAGUUUGUUGACUUUUAUUGAUUUAAUCAAGUAAAUUAGAGUUAAUUUCUUAAAAUAUUCUUCGUCUAUCUAGAGAUGACCACAAUUAUUAUUGACGGCUACGAAAAAGAUGACUAGGCUACGGUGGGUAGGCCUACCUACUUUAUGAGAAAUCAUUCAUUCAGAUUGAUUCCUUUUAGCGUAACAUCAAAUUUCUCAAUACAGGUACAUGGCUGAUCUCUGAAGUUGUUUCUAUUAUUAUUCAUAGCUAGGUACUUUUUCAUGCAAAUUUUCAUAUUUUGUUUGGGGUACCUAUUAUCAUAUGGAAUAUUUCUUCAAAAAAAUUAAACAAUAUGCGAGGUUGGAUUCAACGGUUCGGUUUUUAUAAGCUAUAUUUAGUCAAUCAAAUAUAAAAAAUCAUUGCUAAA